CCGAGGCGCCGAGGCAAACGCGUGGCUGGAACUCGUGGCUGCUUUCACACUGGUCAUAGAUCAUAGACAUAACGUUUCAGGUCCAUGGUUGAUUCAGAGAGCUAGAUCCGAUAUAGCCAUAAAAUUUGAAGAUAUAAUAGAGGAUAAAUCUAUUUUACCAAACUAUGUUUACCAAUGCAACGCACAAAAUCCUACGGGUGAACGAGCAGCUUACAGCAUGAUAUGGGGUUACGGAUGGUCCAAAAACGCGAUGAUACUGCGCAUUGAUAAAUUGGAGAAAGAAAUUCCUAUAACAUUAAUAUUUGGAUCCGAUACAUGGAUGGAUAUAUCUAUUGGGCAGAAAAUAAAAGAACUAAGGCCAGAUUGUUCGGUAGACAUAAAUAUCAUUGACGAUUCCGGACAUCACCUCUAUUCUGAGAAGGCAGAUGAGUUCAAUGACAUAGUGAUUACAUCAUGCAAACUGAUGAAAGAUUUGAAUAAUUUAGCGUAG